AUGGCAGCUACCUACGAUCGAAUCAUGAAAGGAAUAAAUGACCAGACCGACGCUACAAGAAUGCUGGCACACCGCGCAUUGGCCUGGAUCAUUAACGUGAAGAGACUAUUAAUAAUAGAAGAGUUAUUAUUCGCUGUGAGCCUCAAACCUCCCGAAAGGCCCUGUUAUUCUUAUAAUGGGAAUUAUGAGGGGUAUUCAGAGAGCGCUGUUCUAUCCUCUUGCCGCGGACUUGUCACCAAUGCUUGGGGGACAAUAAGACCAAUCCAUUUCACUGUGCAAGAGUUUUUAAGAGACAGGGGUCUAGAGCCCUCCAAGGGUGUCAAUGCGAGUAUCUUUGUUACUCAAAGCAUACUGGUAUACCUGCGCUCCGUCAGACUCGAAAGAGAUUCUGCCUCUGAUUUGUUUUUGGCUUCUCCAUUUCCACAAGACCUUUUAAGAUACACAUGCGGCUUUCUCGGCCACCAUUUGUGCGAGGCCGGGAACCCGCUACCAGCAUGUCUUCUCAAGCUGGUAAAGGUUUUAAUGCAAAAAAGACACCACAACCUUCGAUGGAUUAUCCUUCAAAAAUGCGGGGAUCCGGAGCUCGUGAGGAUCGAUGCUUACGAGCCGGUCAAAUUCUUUGAUCCAAAUAUUAAUGACUUUAAUCUUAGCCCAUUAGGUCUGUUAUCGGGUCUCGAUCUGCUACCUCUAUAUUUUCAGCUAUACCCAAACGUGGUCGAAAAAGAGGAGUUAAUGGCAGUGUUCCACGCCGUUGUCCGUGGCGGAUCAGUAUUUGCGGUAAAAGCAUUGCUGCGUCGCGGUUGUGACAUCGAAUCCCGAGAUUCUAGUGAAAACACUCCGCUUAUUGCUGCAGCCUCUUCUGGGUGUGAGCCGAUGGUCUUAUUUCUGGUUCGGGAGGGAGCGGAUGUGCACCCGCGGAGCGAAGAUGAGUAUUCAGCUUUGGACUACGCCUGUGAGAGGGGCAUGGCCAGAGCGGUUCGGAUCCUUCUCGAACGUGGCGCAGAUCAGAAUGUCCCAAUCGAAGGUUCAUCUCUUCUUACUGCGGCAUUAUGGGGAAAUGCGGCAGUCGUCAAAGUGCUCCUAGAAUACGGAAAUGCAACGGUAGUCCAAGCCCUCAUCGACGGUGGUGGCGACGUCAAUCAGACAAAUCAUCUUGGUGGAACUCUCCUCUGUGAUGCAGUUCGUUGGGGCAACGUGGGGAUUGCUAAAGCACUUAUCGCUGCUGGCGCCGACAUCGAGAAGGGCUGUCCCCUCUAUGUUGCGGCCCUUGAUGGAUCCGAGUCAUCGCCGAGAGCAGUCAAAGUGCUUCGGGAGGUGGGCGCCGAGGUGAACACCGAGUGGGGGCAUUACGGCUCCGCUCUCUGGGCCGCGGCUAUAGAGGGCAAUCUAGAGACAGUUCAAAUACUUCUAGAUGCUGGUGCCCGUGUCGGUGUCGGUCUCGGCGUGUUCAGUUCCAAGAGUGAUGCGCUCGAGAAGGUGGCUUCGCGGGGCUUGGUCGUCUUUGUCAAAGCACUUCUCGAUUCUGGCGCUGAUGUUAACCCUCAUACUGCUCUCUACGCUGCGGUUUCCAAUAAUGGAUCGGCGGAGACAGUCCAAAUGCUUCUAGCUGCCGGCGCCGAUGUCAAUCUUCACAGAUCAGAGAUAUUUAAGAUCCUUCUGGAUGCUGGCGCCGAUGUCACUAUCCAGAGGAGUAAAGAUCAAGGUACGGCUCUCUAUGCAGCAGCCGCACAUAGAAAGAUAUCGGGAGCAGCGGAGAUUGCUCAGCUACUUGUGGAUGCUGGUGCCGAUGUCAAUGCCGAGGGCGGAGAGCACGGUAGCGCCCUCGUAGCUGCGGCUUACACAGGCUCGAGGGAAAUAGUCAAAAUACUAUUGGAAGCUGGUGCUGAUGUUAAUAGACAGGCCCACGGGAAAUACCUGUCACAGUGUGCUCCCGGAGCUGCGGCGGGGGCGGGCGGGAUAGAGAUACUUGAAUUGCUUCGAGCUUCGGGCGCCCGCGACAAUAUUGAUGGGGAGUACUACGGUCCAACUCUCUCCCACGCAGCGGGCUGUAGCCAUAUAGAGAUGGUUAGAUUUCUUCUAGAUCCUGGCAAUGAUGUCAAUAUCCCGGCCGAAGAAUACCCCACAGGUAAUAUAGAGAUAUUCAAGACGCUCGUAGCAGCUGAUAUCGGGGUCAACAUUGAGGUGGAAGAAUACGGUAAAGCUCUCUACAUCGCAGCUCAUGGAUACCAUUCAGUGGUGGUUAAAGUACUCCUGGAUUAUGGCGCCGAUAUCAAUAUCCAGUUGGAUGCGUACGGUAUUGCCCUCUGCAGCGCGAUCAACAAAGACGAUAUAAGCGCAGUGAGACUACUUCUGGAUGUUGGCGAAGAUGUCAAUAUCCACAGGGGGCCAGCUGGUGCCGAUGCCAAUACGGUGGGAGGAGAGCACGGCACCGCGUUACACGCUGCGAUUAGCGUAGGAGAUGAAGAGAUGGUCGAAAUGCUUCUGAAGGUUGGCGCCAAUGUCAAUCUCCAAGGCAAGUACUACAGUAGCCCCCUCCAUGUUGCUGCUUGCAAUGGUGAGACGCGGAUGGUCAAAAUACUUGUCGACGCUGGCGCCGACGUCGAUAUGGUGGGAGAGGAUGGUACCGCUCUCCAGAUUGCGGCUAGAGAGUGCUGGAGUCCAGAUACAACCAAAACACUUCUGGCAGCUGGUGCCGGCAUUAAUGUCAUAGGCGGCAAGUACGGCACCGCUCUCCUAGCUGCAACGGAUAAGGGGUCGAUAGCGAAAGAGAUCAAAAUACUAGUCGACGCUGGUGCCGACGUCAACAUUGAGUGGGGGGAGUACUGUACUGCGCUUCAGAUGGCUGCUGGCAGGCACUCGAUAGAGAUACUGAGAAUUCUUUUGAACGCUGGCACCGAUGUCAAUAUCCAAGGAGGCAAGUACGGCACCGCGCUCCGAGCUGCGACGUACAAGGGAUCGAUAGAGAUGGUCAAAAUACUAGUUAGAGCUGGCGCAGAUGUCAAUGCCUGGGUGGAAGGGAAAGGUGCCGCCCUGCAGCUUGCAGUCCGCAAGGGCUUGACAGAGAUAAGUCAGUACCUCCGAGAUGCUGGCGCGGAUGAAGAAUCGUCUGGUUAA